UCCCGGUGCAGCUCGUGUCACAUGACGCGAUUUAGGCUCGCUCGAGUCUGAGGCUGAGCUUUCCGCUGCAUGAUAGCCGAAAACAACUCAGCUCUCAACUAAGCUUUACGACUUAAUUUUCUUCUGAGUGUUGAAAUAGCUUUAACCAACGACGUACAGUAUUGCAGAGGAUCGACCGUGCAGCUGAACAGCACGGAGUCGCCUAUUUUUUUUUACAUAUUUGGACAUCUCUCUGUGCCUAGCUAGCUAAGGUUAGCGCGUUAGCUAACAUCACCAUGAACAUAGACAACGUGAAUCAGUCUGUAACGACGGGAGUUCCUUCCACGACAUCCUCGACUCCAAGUAAUUGUAUCGCGAAUGACAGCACGGCAACCAGCGUCAGCAGCAUCUCUGCGGCCACGACUAAUGCUUCAGCCUCGGCGUCCGUGGUCACACCAGCGGACACAUCUGUCUCCAACGGCGUCUACGUUCCUGGAGGGAUCACGAACGGGGAUGUGAAGCAAACCGUCUCCACCACGCCGCUGGCUGACUUCCUCAUGCAGCUAGAAGAGUACACUCCCACUAUUCCUGACGCAGUUACAGGCUACUACCUGAACCGGGCCGGCUUUGAGGCUUCUGACCCAAGAAUAAUCCGUCUGAUCUCCCUCGCCUCUCAAAAGUUUAUCUCAGACAUCGCAAAUGAUGCGUUGCAGUACUGCAAAAUGAAGGGUACCGCCUCAGGGAGCUCAAGAAAUAAAGCAAAGGACAAGAAGUACACUCUGACUAUGGAGGACCUGAGCCCUGCCCUCUCAGAAUACGGCGUGAAUGUCAAAAAACCUUAUUACUUCACAUAAAAGUGUCCUCUGUCAAAGAUUUUGCUUUUUUUUGACUGCUUAUGCUAGUAGUGAUGUCUGUGUUGAACCAUUAACAACUCUCUACACCUGCUAAAUGUUUUUGACCCAGGUUUAGUACAUCUUUGACAAAUCCUUGCAGGCUGCUUGCAGAUUGUCAUUUGUUAAAAAGCAAUCUUUGCAAUUUGUUUUGUGAGUUUGAUUUUUUUGGUUUAUUGUGGAAAUAAAACCUUUAACAAAAAUCUA